CUGGGGUGGGAGGCAACAGAGGAAUUUGGGUACAGUGGCAUCAUUUUGGGCUCUUCCUGCCCUCACACCCUGCUGGGGCUAUCACCAUAUCAUCAUGGGUAGUGCCUACCACUGGGAGGCUCGGCGUCGGCAGAUGGCUUUGGAACGGAGGAAGGCGAUGAUGUUACAGCAGCAGGAAGAGCAGGAAGCGAAAAAACAGGAAGAGAAGAGACAGGAAGAGAAGAAACAGGAAGAAAAGAAACAGCAUUCUGAGAAAAAAUCUCAGCCACGUCAGGAUUCAAAGGGGCCUCAGGAUUCAAAGGGGCCUCCUCCGCCACCUGCAAGGCAGCAGCCACAGGGACAGGCAGACCCACAGCCACCACCUGGGCCAAAGCCACCAAAGGAGCAAGACCCUCCCACACAGAGCACCUUCAAGGAUGACCUACAGAAGGGCACCCAAAGGCAAGGCCCCAGCCAGCCUCAGCCAGCGGGGGCCCAAAAAGAUGGACAGCAAUCCUGUAGAACGUGUGGACCCCCAAUCCUUCCAGGUCCUGGUCCCACGAGUGCAUGCCAGGCUAGCCCUUCUACAUAUUCCCGACUCACGUCGACUAAUUACAUCCAGCAGUGGUGAUCCAGAGAUGGACUCCAAGACCUGAUGAUACCACAAAGCAAAAAGAAAAGCAACCAAAAAAAAAAAAAACAAAACAAAAAACCUAGACAGCAACAAAAAACCAGACAGUAACCACACUUUCUUUCCACUUGCAACCUGUCUACUCCAAAAAGCCAGCCACAUUUGGAGAGGAGGCUAGUUGGGAUUAAAACGUGAUUCCUGGAGAGAA